AUGGGCGCCCCCCCUUUCACCAACAACAGGAUUCAGGAGAGGUUACUACACAGACUCCACUCAGAUCCAUCGAAUUGGCCGACAGCCCUCGAGCAGCGCGGUGUCGAGCUCCUGCGCAGCGGCGAGGCCACAACAUUUCCCAUCCUGAUUCGGAAAGUGCUCGAUGAGGUUCGGCACGACACCCAGGCAAAGGGCAGCAAGGACCUGUCUUCGUCCAAGAACAAUGGCGAGGUAAAUGGCAGCGGCGCGACAAACGGCAAAGCCAAGACGGCCAAUGGCGCCGGCGGUGCGGCCGACAGCAACAGCUUGGCCCUGCCGGCAGAUGUGGUCCAGGAUCUGGUCAAGUACACCAAGGAACUCCUCAAGGACGUCAUGGAAACCGACGAUAGCGACGACGGAACAUAG